UUUUCACUUCCUGCAGAGCUUCAUCAACCUCUAGCUUCUCUGACUUUUCUUAUUAUAGCUUCUUUAGUUAAUUAUAGCAUUACAAUGGCCAAGAAUGUAGCUCAGUCCCCUCUUGAGAAAAAUAGCUUUGCUUCAAUAGACCAAAAGCUGGCCAUGGCAAAGCGAUGCUCUCAUGAAGGAGUAGUUGCAGGAGCUAAAGCAGCUGUUGUUGCUUCCAUUGCCACUGCCAUUCCAACUCUGGCCAGUGCAAGAAUGUUGCCUUGGGCAAGAGCCAAUAUGAACCACACUGCUCAAGCUCUCAUAAUCUCUACAGUCGCUGGAGCAGCAUAUUUUAUAGUUGCUGACAAGACUGUCCUCGCUACAGCACGUAGGAACUCCUUCAAGAACUCUAAAGUUGAGGCAUGAUUUAUUCGAUAUGGACAUCCAUUUAUGCCGUAUUUUAUCUACUAUUCUAAGCAUCAGUUAUGUAAAUUAAUCCAUCAUCAAUUAACGCAUAAAUAAAGGGUUUGCCAAUUUCAAGAGCA